AUGCACUUAUUCAAUCCUACCUUAAAUGUCCUGUCUUUUAUCUCCCAAGCUCACUAUCUGGAUAAGGUAGUGAAAGAGGGUUGCCCUGGCUUGUGUAACGGCAACGGCAGAUGCACUCUGGACAUGAACGGCUGGCACUGUGUCUGCCAGCUGGGCUGGAGAGGAGCGGGCUGCGAUACUUCCAUGGAGACGGCAUGCGGCGAUGGGAAAGACAACGACGGAGAUGGCCUGGUGGAUUGCAUGGACCCAGACUGCUGCUUGCAGCCACUGUGCCACGUCAAUGCGCUGUGCCUGGGUUCCCCGGACCCCCUGGAUAUCAUCCAGGAGACACAAGCCCCCAUCUCCCAGCAGAGCUUGCAUUCGUUCUACGAUCGGAUCAAGUUCCUGAUCGGCAAGGACAGCACUCAUGUCAUCCCAGGAGACAAUCCUUUUGAAGGAGGACAUGCAUGUGUGAUUCGAGGCCAGGUGGUGACGGCAGAUGGGACCCCUCUAGUUGGAGUGAACAUCAGCUUUGUCAACAAUCCUCUUUUUGGAUACACAAUCAGCAGACAAGAUGGCAGCUUUGAUCUUGUUACCAUUGGUGGGAUCUCCAUUAUCCUGCACUUUGAGAGGGCUCCCUUCAUCACCCAGGAGCACACACUGUGGCUGCCAUGGGAUCGCUUCUUUGUGAUGGAAACCAUCGUCAUGAGGCAUGAAGAGAAUGAGAUCCCAAGCUGUGACCUCAGUAACUUUGCCCGGCCCAACCCUGUGGUCUCCCCAUCUCCGCUGACAGCUUUUGCAAGUUCCUGCUCGGAGAAAGGACCUAUUGUUCCUGAAAUCCAGGCUCUACAGGAGGAGAUUAACGUUUCUGGUAGUAAAAUAAAAGUGAGUUACCUGAGCAGUCGCACAGCUGGCUACAAAUCAGUCCUGAGGAUCAGCAUGACCCACCCCACCAUCCCCUUCAACCUCAUGAAAGUCCACCUCAUGGUGGCCGUCGAGGGACGCCUCUUCAGAAAGUGGUUUGCAGCUGCUCCAGACCUGUCCUAUUAUUUCGUCUGGGAUAAGACAGACGUCUACAGCCAGAAGGUGUAUGGGCUCUCAGAAGCCUUCGUUUCAGUAGGUUAUGAGUAUGAAUCCUGUCCUGACCUGAUCCUGUGGGAGAAGAGGACAGCUGUACUUCAGGGUUAUGAAAUUGAUGCUUCCAAACUUGGAGGAUGGUCCCUGGACAAACACCAUGCCCUCAACAUACAAAGUGGCAUCUUGCAUAAAGGAAAUGGGGAAAACCAGUUUAUUUCCCAGCAGCCGCCUGUAAUUGGAAGCAUUAUGGGCAAUGGUCGCAGACGUAGCAUUUCUUGUCCAAGCUGCAAUGGUCUUGCAGAUGGGAACAAACUCCUGGCUCCUGUUGCCCUAACGUGUGGGUCUGAUGGAAGUCUUUAUGUUGGAGAUUUCAACUACAUCCGAAGGAUAUUUCCCUCUGGCAAUGUCACCAACAUACUGGAGCUGAGAAAUAAAGAUUUCAGACAUAGCCACAGCCCAGCUCAUAAGUAUUACUUGACCACAGAUCCAAUCACCGGCUCCAUCUACCUCUCCGACACCAACAGCCGACGUAUCUAUAAAAUCAAGUCAACCACAUCAGUGAAAGACAUUGUGAAGAAUUCUGAGGUCUUGGCUGGAACUGGGGAUCAGUGCCUCCCAUUCGAUGAUACCCGCUGCGGAGAUGGAGGCAAAGGCACUGACGCUACCCUUACAAAUCCCAGGGGCAUCACCGUGGACAAGUUUGGGCUGAUUUACUUUGUGGACGGCACUAUGAUCAGGCGGAUUGAUCAGAAUGGGAUCAUCUCAACUGUGUUAGGUUCCAAUGACUUGACAUCUGCUCGGCCUCUCAGCUGUGACUCUGUCAUGGACAUUUCUCAGGUUCGUCUAGAAUGGCCCACAGAUCUGGCAGUCAGUCCGAUGGAUAAUUCACUCUACGUCCUCGACAAUAACGUUGUGUUACAGAUAUCUGAGAACCACCAAGUGCGCAUCGUGGCGGGGAGGCCCAUGCAUUGCCAGGUGCCGGGCAUGGAUCACUUUCUCCUUAGUAAAGUGGCAAUCCACGCCACGCUGGAGUCUGCUACCGCCCUGGCCGUCUCACAUAACGGGGUCCUGUAUAUUGCUGAGACCGAUGAAAAAAAGAUCAACCGCAUCAGGCAGGUCACCACCAAUGGAGAGAUUUCUCUCGUUGCCGGUGCACCAAGCAGCUGUGACUGCAAGAACGAUGCUAACUGUGACUGCUUCUCAGGGGACGAUGGCUAUGCCAAGGAUGCCAAACUCAACGCGCCAUCCUCCCUUGCAGUGUGUGCAGAUGGGGAGCUGUAUGUCGCUGAUCUGGGAAAUAUCCGAAUCCGCUUUAUUCGGAAAAACAAACCAUUCCUCAAUACACAAAACCUAUAUGAGUUAUCCUCACCCAUAGACCAAGAACUCUAUUUGUUUGACACCAGUGGUAAGCACCUUUAUACUCAGAGCCUUACCACUGGAGAUUAUCUUUACAAUUUUACUUAUUCCGGAGAUGGAGAUAUAACCCUGAUCACUGAUAAUAAUGGUAACUUAGUCAAUAUCCGAAGAGAUUCCACGGGGAUGCCCCUCUGGCUGGUGGUGCCCGAUGGCCAAGUCUACUGGGUGACAAUUGGUACCAACAGUGCGCUCAAGAGUGUAACAACACAGGGGCAUGAAGUGGCCAUGAUGACGUACCAUGGUAACUCCGGUCUCCUCGCCACUAAAAGCAAUGAAAAUGGUUGGACAACAUUUUAUGAGUAUGACAGCUUUGGCCGCCUGACCAACGUGACCUUCCCUACUGGCCAAGUGAGCAGCUUCCGCAGUGAUACCGACAGCUCUGUGCAUGUCCAAGUGGAAACCUCCAGCAAGGAUGAUGUUACGAUAACAACCAAUUUGUCGGCAUCGGGAGCCUUCUAUACCCUGCUCCAAGACCAAGUCCGAAACAGCUACUACAUCGGUGCUGAUGGCUCUCUCAGACUGAUGCUGGCUAAUGGCAUGGAGGUGGCCCUGCAAACCGAGCCACAUCUUCUGGCUGGCACCGUCAACCCCACAGUGGGGAAGAGGAAUGUCACCCUCCCCAUCGACAACGGCCUCAAUCUCGUGGAGUGGAGGCAGAGGAAGGAGCAAGCGAGAGGGCAGGUCACCGUCUUUGGACGUCGGCUGAGGGUUCACAACAGAAACCUGCUGUCCCUCGACUUUGAUCGUGUGACAAGGACAGAGAAAAUCUAUGAUGACCACCGCAAGUUCACGCUCCGCAUCCUCUACGACCAGGCGGGGAGGCCCAGUCUCUGGUCACCCAGCAGCAGACUGAAUGGGGUCAAUGUCACCUAUUCCCCAGGAGGACACAUUGCAGGGAUUCAGAGGGGCACGAUGUCAGAAAGGAUGGAGUAUGAUCAGUCUGGCAGAAUUACAUCCAGGAUCUUUGCUGAUGGCAAAUCGUGGAGCUACACUUACUUGGAGAAGUCCAUGGUGCUGCUUCUUCACAGCCAGAGACAGUACAUCUUUGAGUUUGAUAAGAACGACCGGUUGUCAUCAGUGACCAUGCCCAACGUUGCCCGUCAGACUUUAGAAACCAUUCGUUCCAUUGGUUACUACAGGAACAUCUACCGGCCACCAGAAGGCAAUGCCUCGGUAAUUCAGGAUUUCACAGAGGAUGAGCAGCUCCUCCACACUCUGUACUUGGGCACAGGGAGACGUGUUAUCUACAAGUAUGGAAAGUUGUCCAAGUUAGCCGAGAUGCUCUACGACACCACAAAGAUCAGUUUCACUUAUGACGAAACUGCUGGCAUGCUGAAGACCAUAAACUUGCAGAAUGAAGGGUUCACAUGUACAAUCAGAUAUAGACAGAUAGGACCCCUCAUUGAUCGACAGAUUUUCCGCUUCACUGAGGAAGGCAUGGUGAAUGCACGCUUUGACUACAAUUAUGACAACAGCUUUCGCGUGACCAGCAUGCAAGCAGUCAUCAACGAGACGCCUUUACCCAUUGAUCUCUACAGGUACGAUGAUGUGUCAGGCAAAACUGAACAAUUUGGUAAAUUUGGAGUCAUUUACUACGAUAUUAACCAGAUUAUCACCACUGCUGUCAUGACUCACACUAAACAUUUUGAUGCCUAUGGCAGGAUGAAGGAGGUCCAGUACGAGAUAUUCCGGUCUCUCAUGUACUGGAUGACCGUGCAGUAUGACAACAUGGGGAGAGUGGUUAAGAAAGAGCUGAAGGUUGGCCCUUAUGCAAACACAACUAGGUACUCAUAUGAAUAUGAUGCUGAUGGCCAGUUGCAGACAGUGUCUAUCAAUGACAAACCACUCUGGCGUUACAGCUAUGAUCUAAAUGGAAACCUCCAUUUGCUGAGUCCAGGGAAUAGUGCCCGCCUUACACCGCUCAGGUAUGACCUCAGGGAUAGGAUUACUAGACUGGGGGAUGUGCAGUACAAAAUGGAUGAGGAUGGCUUCCUGAAACAAAGGGGCAAUGAUAUUUUUGAGUACAAUUCAGCUGGUCUGCUCAUCAAAGCCUACAAUAAAGCUAAUGGGUGGAGUGUGAAAUACCGCUAUGAUGGCCUAGGAAGGAGAGUCUCCAGCAAAACCAGCCACGGCCAUCACUUGCAGUUCUUCUACGCAGACCUGACCAACCCAACCAAGGUCACCCAUUUAUACAACCACUCAAGCUCCGAGAUCACCUCCCUCUACUAUGACCUCCAAGGACACCUCUUUGCAAUGGAGCUGAGCAGCGGUGAUGAAUUCUACAUAGCCUGCGAUAACAUUGGCACUCCUUUGGCUGUCUUCAGUGGGACUGGCUUAAUGAUUAAGCAGAUACUGUACACAGCAUAUGGGGAGAUCUAUAUGGACACCAAUCCCAACUUCCAGAUCAUCAUUGGCUACCACGGGGGAUUGUAUGACCCCCUCACAAAGCUUAUCCACAUGGGACGGAGAGACUAUGAUGUGCUAGCGGGUCGGUGGACAAGUCCAGACCAUGAUAUGUGGAAGCAUCUGAGUAGCAAUAACAUAAUGCCUUUCAACCUGUAUAUGUUCAAAAACAACAAUCCCAUUAGCAACUCUCAGGAUAUCAAAUGUUACAUGACAGAUGUCAACAGUUGGCUGCUCACCUUCGGGUUCCAACUACACAACGUCAUCCCCGGCUACCCCAAGCCAGACAUGGAUGCAAUGGAGCCGUCCUAUGAGCUAAUCCACACACUGAUGAAAACCCAAGAAUGGGACAAUAGCAAG